AUGGCAACAGAGACGUAUGAAUCCGUCUCAGCCAUCAUCCGCAACCUCGCCCGCCAACACGACCCCGCGCGAGACGCUAGUUUCAGCGCUCAAGUCUCCGCCAAUGGAGCAAAGACUGCCGCCAACCAAAUUGCCCUGCCCGGUCCCGACAGCGACGAGAAGGCACAAUUAGAGCACGAGUUAUCUGCCCUCUGCGCGAGGAUAGAAUUCCUCGAGCACAAGAGCAGCCACGCUGCCGCCAAGCAUGGCCAGUUUCCCUUGACGCCCGCCCAAGAGCCCCCCGAGGACGGUGUCUUAUAUACCCAGGCGGGAGCCCUGCGCAACAGCAACGGCCCGCAAGGGCGCCGUGGUUCCAACAAGGAGCGCGCCACAUGGGUUUCCAACUGGCUCGCUGCAAAGGAGCCCAAUGGCGACUCGGAGCAGCCAGCCGCAGCCCUGACUGAAGAGCAGCUCAACUAUCUGCGUGUGCACUUGAACCAGCAGGCCGACCAGAUCAAGAACCAGCGCGAGCACAUCGAUAACCUGAGCCAAGAGGUGAACAAGCAACUGACGACACAGAGCAUGGUAUUCGAACACGGAAUUGAAGACAUUGGCGCACUGAAACGCGAACUCGGCAAACACCAGCAAGCCAACUUGGCUUUCCAAAAAGCACUGCGGGAAAUUGGCGCCAUCGUCACGGCUGUCGCUAUGGGCGAUCUGAGCAAAAAGGUUCUGAUCCAUGCCAAAGAGAUGGACCCUGAAAUCACCCUGUUCAAGCGCACAAUCAACACCAUGGUCGACCAACUCCAGGAAUUCGCUAGUCAAGUCACGUUUCUCGCCCGAGAAGUCGGGACCGAGGGCAGACUUGGCGGUCAAGCCAACUUACCAGGAGUUGCUGGUAUUUGGGCUGAGCUGACUGAUAGUGUCAAUGUGAUGGCCAAGAAUCUUACCGAGCAAGUGCGAGAGAUCGCCGUCGUAACCACUGCUGUCGCUCAUGGCGAUCUCAGCCGAAAGAUUGAACGACCGGCCCGAGGAGAAAUCCUACAGCUGCAACAGACAAUCAACACCAUGGUGGAUCAGCUACAGUCAUUUGCUACCGAGGUCACGAAAGUGGCUAGGGAUGUCGGUACAGAGGGCAAGCUUGGUGGCCAGGCUGAGAUUGCUGGUGUAAAGGGCAUGUGGAAUGAGCUGACUGUAAACGUGAAUGCCAUGGCCCAGAAUCUUACGACCCAAGUGCGCGAUAUCGCACAGGUCACGACAGCCGUCGCGCAGGGUAAUCUUACGCGCAAAGUCGAAGCCGAAUGUAGAGGUGAGAUUCUGGAGCUUAAGUUGACCAUCAAUCGCAUGGUGGACCAGUUGCAGCAAUUUGCCCAUGAAGUCACCAAGAUUGCGCGAGAGGUCGGAUCCGAGGGUCGACUCGGUGGUCAAGCUACUGUCCAUGGGGUUGAGGGUACCUGGAAAGACCUCACCGAAAAUGUGAAUGGUAUGGCCAUGAACCUGACUACACAAGUGCGAGAGAUCGCAGAAGUUACGACAGCCGUAGCCCGAGGUGAUCUCAGCAGGAAGGUCAAGGCAGAGGUACAGGGUGAGAUUCUGUCUUUGAAAAUCACCAUCAACACCAUGGUUGACCGUCUAAACACAUUCGCGCAAGAAGUUAGCAAGGUCGCUCGCGAGGUCGGAACGGAUGGUAUCCUGGGCGGCCAAGCGCAAGUCGACAACGUCGAGGGCAAGUGGAAGGACCUCACCAACAACGUCAACACCAUGGCCCAGAACCUUACACUGCAGGUACGCAGUAUCUCGGAAGUUACACAGGCCAUCGCCAAGGGAGACAUGAGCAGGAGAGUACACGUCGACGCCGAAGGAGAAAUACGCCUACUCAAAGACACCGUCAACGACAUGGUUAUGAGACUGGAUGAAUGGUCGCUUGCAGUGAAGCGCGUCGCCCGCGAUGUAGGCGUAGAUGGCAAGAUGGGCGGCCAGGCUGAUGUAAGAGACAUUGACGGACGCUGGAAAGAGAUCACCACCGACGUCAACACCAUGGCCCAAAAUCUUACCUCGCAAGUGCGCGCUUUCGGCGACAUCACCAACGCUGCCAUGGAGGGCAAGUUCACCCAGAUCACAGUGGAAGCUUCUGGCGAGAUGGAUGAGCUGAAGAGGAAGAUCAAUCAGAUGGUGUCCAGUUUGCGAGAGAGUAUCCAGAGGAAUACGGCAGCCAGGGAAGCCGCCGAGUUGGCAAACAAGACCAAAUCAGAGUUCCUCGCCAACAUGUCCCACGAGAUCCGAACUCCCAUGAACGGCAUCAUUGGAAUGACGCAGCUUACGCUCGACACCGACCUCACGCAUGCCCAACGAGAGAUGUUGACCAUUGUCCAUAACCUGGCUGGCCAGCUAUUGACUAUCAUCGACGACAUCCUCGAUAUUUCCAAGAUUGAAGCAAACCGCAUGGUCAUGGAAGAGAUUCCGUUCUCGAUGCGCGGCACGAUAUUCAACGCCCUGAAGUCGUUGGCGUCGAGAGCCAACGAACGCAAACUCAACCUUGCUUACGAUGUCUCCUACACAGUACCUGACUACGUAGUCGGUGAUUCAUUCAGGUUACGACAGAUUAUCCUCAACCUCGUCGGCAACGCCAUCAAGUUCACCGAACACGGAGAAGUCAAGGUAGCCAUUUCCAUGGCGCAAGAGCAAGAGUGCGGCCCGGAUCACUAUGUGUUCCAGUUCGCUGUCUCAGACACUGGAAUAGGUAUUCGUGGCGAUAAGCUCAACCUCAUCUUUGACACAUUCCAGCAAGCAGAUGGCUCCACUACGAGGAAGUUUGGUGGUACCGGUCUGGGACUGUCCAUCUCCAAACGUCUUGUGACGCUCAUGGGCGGUCGUAUGUGGGUCGAAUCGGACUUUGGCAAGGGCAGUGUGUUCUACUUUACCUGCAGAGUCCGUCUCGGCAAACCUGAGAUUACCGCUAUCCAGCCUCAGCUCGUGGCGUACAAGCAGCACACAGUACUGUUUGUCGAUCAACGCAACACUGGCUUCUCGGAUCAAGUUAUCGAGCAUCUCAAGGCUCUCGAUCUUGUGCCCAUGGUGGUCAACUCUGUUGAAGAGGUGCCAGAGACGAAGCAAAGAGCCGACAUGCCGUACGACUGUGUCAUUGUUGACAAUGACAAGACGGCACGAGAGCUCAGGAUUGCGGAGCGAUUCAAGUAUAUCCCACUUGUCAUGCUUACACCGCAUGUGUGCAUAAGCCUGAGGUCUGCGCUUGAAAACGGUAUCUCAAGCUACAUGACUACACCAUGUCUCCCGAUCGACUUGGGCAACGCGCUUAUCCCGGCGCUGGAUGGUCGUGCCGCACCUCUAGUCUCGGACCACUCCAAGUCGUUCCAGAUCCUCCUAGCAGAAGAUAACGCUGUCAACCAGAAGCUUGCUGUCAGGAUUCUGGAAAAGUACCACCACAGAGUCACUGUGGCCAACAACGGUCUGGAGGCGUUUGAGCACAUUCAAAAGAAACGCUACGACUGCGUGCUCAUGGACGUGCAAAUGCCGGUCAUGGGUGGUUUUGAAGCCACAGCUAAGAUCCGUGAGUGGGAACGUGAGAACGGCAUCCCAUCAACGCCCGUCAUUGCUUUGACUGCACACGCCAUGGUGGGCGAUCGAGAGAAGUGUCUCGCAGCACAGAUGGACGAUUAUCUGUCCAAGCCCCUUCGCCAAAACCAGCUCAUUCAGACAAUACUCCGCUGCGCCACAGUUGGCAGCACCAUUUACGACCAUACCAGCGAGCCUCGCUAUACUGCGUCCUCGCACCUCCCCAACCUCGAACUACCAGGCAAUAGCAAUGACAAAGCCAAGAACGCGGCAGCGUCAUCGUCUGGUGCGUCAAGCCCAAAUAAGAAGCGGCCGCAACUGGAAGCCCGAGGUUUCACAGAGCGAGGAGGGGGCGCUGAUAGCCCGAAUCUGUUAGCCGUGGACCAGACGGAUAAUGGUAGUGUCGAGAGAGAAGAGGAGAAGGCUUGA